AUGUAACUGUAACCGUCAGAAUAUAUUAUUUAUUUUUCGUUUUUGAUCUGAUUCUGCUGUUUAUUUGAAUCGUCACGUCUAUCGGGGGUUUGAUAUCUCUAUAUAAAUAGGGGUGCAAUCAUGUUGGAAAAAUGUUGGAGAGUUGCAAGCUUGAACCGAUUCUACUGCACUAGAGUAGCACCUAAAAUAACAACUCAUUAUACAAUAGUUCCCCGAGAAACUGAUCCAAGAUGGGAAGGUGUUUCGAUGGAAAGAGUAAGUGAUGAGACAGAUGUUGUUAUUGUUGGCGGUGGACCUGCUGGCAUGUCAGCUGCCAUCAGGUUAAAACAGUUAGCAGCAGAAAAACAAAAAGAUAUUCGAGUAUGUUUAGUUGAAAAAGCUUCAGAAAUUGGUGGCCAUAUAUUAUCUGGAGCUUGCAUAGAAACAGAUGCCUUAGAUUCUUUAAUUCCUGACUGGAAGGAGAAAGAUGCUCCCAUAAAAACGCCUGUCAAAUCUGACAAAUUUGCCCUUUUAACCAAGAACAAAAGAAUACCAAUACCUAUUUUCAAAGGUUUACCUAUGUACAACCAUGGCAACUAUAUAGUAAGAUUAGGAAAUGUUGUGAGGUGGUUAGGACAGCAGGCUGAAGAAUUAGGAGUUGAGCUUUACCCUGGUUAUGCUGCUAGUGAAGUUCUCUUUCAUGAAGAUGGAAGUGUCAAAGGUAUAGCCACAAACGAUGUUGGAAUAAAUAAAGAUGGAUCACCAAAGGAAUCUUUUGAAAGAGGUAUGGAGCUUCAUGCAAAAUGUACAAUAUUUGCGGAAGGAUGUCACGGCCAUCUUGCUAAACAACUGUAUCAGAAAUUGAAUUUGAGAGCUAACUGUGAGCCUCAGACAUAUGCUAUUGGAUUGAAAGAAGUUUGGGAAGUUGAACCCUCUAAGCAUAAACCAGGCACUGUUGAGCAUACCGUUGGUUGGCCAUUGAAUCAUAAAACUUAUGGAGGGUCAUUUCUUUAUCAUCUGGAUGAAGGUGAACCUUUAGUGGUUGUUGGUUUUGUGAUUGGAUUAGAUUAUGACAAUCCAUACUUGAACCCCUUUAAAGAAUUUCAAAGGUUUAAACUUCAUCCUUCUGUAAAACCCGUCUUUGAAGGUGGAAAACGUAUUGCAUAUGGUGCUAGGGCCUUGAAUGAAGGAGGAUUUCAGAGUAUUCCAAAAUUGACAUUUCCUGGUGGAUGCUUAAUUGGUUGUAGUCCUGGUUUUAUGAAUGUUCCCAAAAUCAAAGGAACACACAAUGCCAUGAAAAGUGCCAUGAUAGCUGCAGAAACUGUUUAUGAUCUUGUUACAUCUGAUGAUAAACAGUCAACAACAACUGCUGCUGAACCAACAGAAUAUGAGAAGAAACUUAAAGAGAGUAGUGUUUGGAAAGAAUUGAAAUCAGUUCGUAAUAUCAGACCUUCUUUUCAUUCUCCUUUGGGUAUUUAUGGAACUAUGAUGUACACUGGUUUGUUUUACUACUUGGGUCGAGGAAAAGAACCAUGGACACUAUCACAUCAUGGUGCUGAUUAUGGGAAAUUAAAACCAGCUUCUGAAUGUAAGCCAAUAGAGUAUCCAAAACCAGAUGGUGUAAUUACAUUUGACUUGCUUUCUUCUGUUUCCUUGACUGGAACGAAUCAUGUCGAUCAACCUCCACAUUUGACAUUACGAGAUGACUCAGUUCCUACUGAAAAGAAUUUGAAGUUGUUUGAUGGUCCUGAGCAAAGAUUUUGCCCUGCAGGUGUGUAUGAAUAUGUAUCAGAAAGUGAAGGAAAUAUGCGACUGCAAAUAAAUGCUCAAAAUUGCAUUCACUGUAAAACUUGUGACAUUAAAGAUCCAAGUCAAAAUAUCAACUGGGUAACACCAGAAGGAGGUGGAGGACCAGCUUAUAAUGGAAUGUAAAUUCAAUCUCUAUUACAUUAUACAUAUUUUGUUCCUCUUUCUCAAUGGGAAUUAAAAUAAAUUUUCCUGUCUA